AUAAUUCCCUCAGCAUUUUGGCAAAACAUAAUGGAUUCAAUCGUCAGAAGCAAGAAGUCUAUCUUUUACCAAUUGUAAUCAGUGAUAGUGGAAAUCCUCCACUGAGCAGCACUAGCACCCUGACCAUCCGGGUCUGUGGCUGCAGCAAUGAUGGUGUUGUCCAGUCUUGUAAUGUUGAAGCUUAUGUCCUUCCUAUUGGACUCAGUAUGGGCGCCUUAAUUGCCAUAUUAGCAUGCAUCAUUUUGCUGCUAGUCAUUGUGGUGCUGUUUAUAACUCUGAGGCGACAUAAAAACGAGCCAUUAAUUAUUAAAGACGAUGAAGACGUUCGAGAAAACAUCAUUCGCUACGACGAUGAAGGAGGAGGGGAGGAGGACACAGAGGCUUUUGACAUUGCAACUUUACAAAACCCAGAUGGAAUUAAUGGAUUUUUACCCCGUAAGGAUAUUAAACCAGAUUUGCAGUUUAUGCCAAGGCAAGGGCUUGCACCAGUUCCAAAUGGUGUUGAUGUCGAUGAAUUUAUAAAUGUAAGGCUGCAUGAGGCAGAUAAUGACCCCACGGCCCCACCAUAUGACUCCAUUCAGAUUUAUGGCUAUGAAGGCCGAGGGUCUGUGGCUGGCUCCCUCAGCUCCUUGGAGUCCACCACAUCAGACUCAGACCAGAAUUUUGACUACCUCAGUGACUGGGGUCCCCGCUUUAAGAGACUGGGCGAACUCUACUCUGUUGGUGAAAGUGACAAAGAAACUUGACAGUGGAUUAUAAAUAAAUGAAUGGAACUGAGCAUUCUGUAAUAUUCUAGGGUCACUCCCCUUAGAUACAACCAAUGUGGCUAUUUGUUUUAGAGGAAAGUUUAGCACCAAUCAUCUAUAAACUCAACCACAUUUUAAUGUUGAACCAAAAAAAAAAAUAAAAAUAAAAAGUAUAUGUUAGGAGGUUAUAAAUCUUGUGGAGUGUGAAUUAAGUAUGUGGAGUGUUUAGAAGUCUUUGGAUUUUUUGAUAUUUACUUGACCACCACAGACAAAGAUUGGGAUCCUAGCUAAUUCUUAGAGAAAUGGUUUAAAAAGAGGAAAAAAAAUCAAAAUUAAAAGGUGCUUUCUUAGGAAAAUGGACCUGCAAGGAAUCUGCUGCUGAUAUGUGUCUUCUGCAAGAAUUUUUAUGAAUGCAAAUGGUUUUUUCCCUUCACCAGUAAGGAUCCCGCCACAACUGAUAAAGCAAUACUUGGUCUGCUGUACGUUAGGACUUUUUGGAGUUUUGGGAGGCCUCGUAGAUUUUACGGUACGGUGACCACACAUUGUACAUAAUUGUUGGCCCCACUCAUCAAAGACUGAAUAGCAUCUUUAAAUAUUGUGUCGAGCCUUAAAAUAUUCAUAUGUUCGUAAUCCAUUCCAGGGUGGGGAUUGCCAACUCAGUGGUGGGAGGAGAGAGAAAUCCCAUUCAAUCAUGCUUGUUUCUAGAAGCAGGAUUCCUCGUUCCCUCCACUUCAUCUUCCACAUGGACACAAAGAUAAACUGUAUCCCACAGUGGACUACAUCAGAGACAGAUGGUUUUAUUCCUAGCGCGUGAAUUUAUUUGUUUAAUCCUCAAAAUAAAUAUUUUAUUGAUGUCCAUUAAUGCUUUUAUUUAUUAAGGUUGGUAAUCUAUAGAUUAAGGGACUAUAUGGGAAAAAUCUAAAUUAUAUCCAUUAAUAAUCCUUUAGAUUGUUUUAUAUAAAUAUAUAUACAAUGAAUGUUUAAUACAUGUACAUUUUGAUGAGAUAAGUAUGGCAGGCAAUAUUAUCAAAAGGAGAGCUUAUAGUCUCUUUAGAGUAGAAAGUGUUAUUGUGACUGGUGAUGGCAGGAACAGCAAUUUCCCAGAGAAACUUUUAGACUGUUUUCUAUUUUGUUCAUAAUCCUAGUAUUGGUGUUUUUACUACAAGCACAAACAUCUGAAAGUAUAUUGAUUCCUGUGAAUAUUUAAACUUUAGUCUUUUAGAAACCUACAUAACACCCUGCCCAAUGUUUCAAGUUGCCCCACUAUUUUAGAGCAGGAACAGAUUUGUACAUAAUUUUACUGCUUAUGUUUUUAGCACUCUAUCCCUGAUCAUGGUGAUGCACAGAACGUGUUAGACUACAAAAAAAGAGAAGAGCACUAGAAGAUGUGAGCAUAUUUAAUUUGUAAUGCAAACCUGCCAUGUAGGAAUAGAAAAUGUAUGAUAAAACUCAAGUAUUACAUGCAGAUCAUUUUAAUUUUCUACUUUGCUUUAAUGCAAUAUUGUUUAUUUACUCCAUGUAUUGUAUUCAGAGAAACUCCUGUAUUGUUUCCUACUUUGUGAAAUAUAUUUUUAUAAAUAC